AACACUUGGAAGUGACAUUUAUUGUCUCGCACACCUGGUAACCGCCCUAUGUAUAUGACCCUCAAUUUCAUUGAGUACCGCCAAAUUUUGUAUCUGUCCGACUUCGGUUAGGACUUAAGAUGAGUUUUAGAUUGGGUCUAGGAAGAUGCAGCCGGCAUAUAGUGUGCCGGGCAUCCGCAACUCACCCUAGCUGGUCAUAUCUACGUCAAUCGCAAUGCAGAAUGUUGGCUACGGCCAUAGCCACUGAGAAGCCUCUCGUAUCAACUUCGCCUGGUCAACUCAAGUUCGCAUACCCUAAUAAUAUCACUAGUAACUUGAAAAGGACCUCACUCCCUUACUUUUGGUUACGCGAUAACUGUCGGUGCAACAGUUGUAUCAAUCAAGAUACUAGGCAGAGGAACUUCAAUACCUUCGAUAUCACCGACAAUAUUCAGCCGUCGCAGAUUGAAGCGACUGAAGACGGGGUUAAGAUACAAUGGUCAGGGGACGAUCACAAAAGUUUCUAUCCGUGGGAUUUCCUAGAAUUCUAUCUAAGCUCCAAUAGAAGAGCGCCAGAACCCAUUGAGAUAGAAUAUUUCGGAGCACAAGGGUCUCAGAGCUCACGUAGCUGGCCGCCGUCUUUGAAAUAUGGUGAAUUCUCAGCAAACGAGGCCGAGACAGUUGGCCGCUUGACGGAUUUCAUCAGGCGCAAUGGCUUUGCAUUCAUUACCGAAGUACCAAUUGAAUCCGCCGAACCGACCGAGAAGUUAUUGGAGAAGAUCGCGUUUAUCAGGCUGACGCAUUAUGGCGGCUUCUACGACUUCAUUCCAGACCUCGCCCUCGCCGACACUGCGUACACGAACCUAGCACUAGGCGCUCAUACCGACACCACUUACUUCACUGACCCGGCAGGGCUGCAAGCAUUCCACCUACUUUCCCAUACGGACAAUAGUUCCAGAGACAAACCAGGAGCAAACCUUGGAGGACAGUCCUUGCUUGUCGAUGGUUUCAAUGCUGCAAACAUUCUCAAGAAGGACGACCCGAAAGCCUUUGAAGUGCUAAGUCGAGUCAAGUUACCAUGGCAUGCUAGCGGUAACAAGGGUAUCACAAUAUCACCCGACAAACUUUAUCCGGUUCUCGAAGUCGAUGAGAGCACUGGGCAGCUGCAGCGGGUUAGAUGGAAUAACGACGAUCGUGGAGUUGUUCCCUUCGAUAGCGAGUAUUCACCAGAAGAAUGGUAUAAAGCCGCAAGGAAGUGGGAUAGCAUCUUGAGAAGAGAGUCUAUUGAAUACUGGUUUCAGCUUAAGCCUGGCAACCUAUUAAUCUUCGACAAUUGGCGAGUCUUACAUGGUAGAAGCGCAUUUACGGGAGUGCGGAGGAUAUGUGGGGGAUAUAUUAAUCGGGAUGAUUUUAUCUCGAGAUGGAGAAAUACCAAUUAUCCACGAGACGAGAUCCUGAAGCGAGUUAUAGGCUAGCGCUCACUUGGUCAUAACCCGCCAUAACCCCCGGUCCUAUCGACCACGAUCGGGUAAAGCAGGUUCCAAAUCGGCGAAAAUGUCUCUUGGCUUUCAAGUUUAGUCAUUGAGAGAUAUUCGAGUUACUGUAAAUGGUAAUCCAGUUACUUAUAACGUUUUACUGUCAGACUGUAUUUGUCUCUUUCACCAACCUUUUAACAUGGAUGACGGGAAUCAAGUGACUUUCCCCCGUGCUUCUUUGCCUAAAGGUCUUAGGUACUACGUACUAUAGACAGAUGAAACCUAGCUCUCGCUUAUCUCCAUCCCUCCAUGUGCC